UCCUUCUUCUUCUUCUUCUUCUUUGUCCCUUGUCUCUGUACUUCAUUUUCUGAGAGAGGAACAAACAUUAAUGGCGGUCAAAGGCAAAAACUAUGGCUUCCUCAUCUGCAUAUUUGUGAUGAUCAUUGAUGUUGUUGCUGGCAUUCUUGGAAUUCAAGCUGAAAUUGCUCAGAGCAAGAUGAAGCAUGUGAAGAUGUGGAUAGUAGAGUGUAGAGAUCCGAGUUUCAAAGCUUUCGAGUUAGGAUUGGCUGCAACGAUUCUAUUGGCUGUUGCUCAUUUGAUUGCUAACUUGUUGGGAGGCUGCGUUUGUGUUUGGAACAAGCAACAAUACUUAAGAGCCUCUGCCAACAAGCAGCUUGGAAUGGCUUUCCUCAUUUUCUCAUGGGUAACAUUGGGAGUGGCAUUCUCAAUGUUGGUAAUGGGGACAUUAGCAAAUACAAAGACAAGGUCAAGAGCACAAUGUGGCAUUUCAACUCAUCGUUUUCUGUCCAUUGGAGGCAUCUUAUGUUUCAUCCAUGGCCUCUUCACUGUUUCCUACUAUGUCUCUGCUGCUGCUGCUGCUAGAGAAGACCAGAGAUCAACACCACGACCAAACCCAUAAAUAUAUACUCUCUCUUAUCCUACUUAUAAGGUAAAGUUAAUUAACUUGAUCAUGAUUUUUAAAGAAUGAUCGUUAAUAUUUUUAAACAUGUAAAAAAUUUAGGAAAUUACACUUAAGUCUUACAAAAAAUAAUUUAUUAUUAGAGAGUUUUAUAAAAUUUACAAAAUACUUUUAAAUCUCAAAUCUUGCACAUUAACAACUUGAAUAAGAACAUUUACAAUUGGGCAACAAGCACAUGCAACUUGCAAAACAAAAAAAUGACAACUUAUAAUAGAAAAUUAUAAGUGUCCAUUAAUCAAUUGUAAGGGCCCGUUAUCUAAGUUAUAAUUGUGUAGGAUUUAAAAUUUAAAAAGUAUUUUAUAAAUUUUAUUAGAGUUUUUGGUAAUAAAUUCUGUAAAACUUAGAUGUAAUUUUUUCAAAAAAUUAAAAUGUUUGACUUUUUACUUUUGUCAUUUGCUACAAUUAGUAAUUACAAUAAAAUUUAUCUAAGAAUUACAACUUUGUGCAAUUAAUGUGCGACAAUAUUGCCACACACCCAAAAAAAAAAAGUUAAUUGCUAUCCUAUAUUGAGGAUUAAAUAUAGUUUUGAAACUUUACCUUAUAAUUAAGAUAGGAGUGAAUCUGUGUGUAACUUAAAUUAUUUUUUACGAAGGCCUUGUAGAGUAUGUGUUCUGCUUCAAAAUUCAUGAUUUGUCCAUUGUAAAAUUAAUUCACAUUAUCAUCGUCGGAAAUAUUGUCUAAUUUUUUUCUUAAUUCUCCGUUCUACCGCCUGAGGAGGCAAGAAUUUUUAGACGAAUAAAAAGAUAAUUUGAUAGAUAUAGUUUACCAUUUUUACUGUUAUAAACUGAUUAUAUGCUAACUAUAGACAUAUCUGAACCAUCAUCAAGGUUUAGCCCAUGUAAUAAGAAUGGAGUAUUCCUUUCUGGAUUCAAAUAUUCAUGUA